GUUCAGUGCAAGAGGACGACAGCAGAGAGGAAGACAGGGUCGAGAGAAAGCGCAUGUGUGAUUCCGCUCUCUCUCCAUGCAGGCAGCCCACCACUGGCGAGCUCCCCCCAUCUUGUGUGUAUAACGUCUCUACCACCGGACAGCCGUACCAGCGUCCGCGGGCACUGCGGGGGAAAUUCAACCCAGAAUGGAUUGCUAAUGAACGGAGCCUCUCUUUUUCUUUUAGUCUUGUUUUCCCCCCGACUGUCAUCCUCCUCGAUGUCUCUUAUCAGUUUUUAACCAAAACAAAAUGUGGAUUUCUUGUGACCAGUUUUUAUUGAUAUUUUCUGGCUUUUGGGGACUCACAAUGGGUGCUUUCCCGAGCAGUGUUCAGAUCGGCGGCCUGUUCAUCAGAAACACGGAUCAGGAAUACACAGCGUUUCGCCUGGCCAUCUUCCUGCACAAUACCAGCCCCAACGCGUCCGAGGCCCCCUUCAACCUGGUGCCUCAUGUGGACAACAUCGAGACGGCCAACAGCUUUGCUGUCACCAAUGCCUUCUGCUCGCAGUACUCGCGGGGCGUAUUCGCCAUCUUUGGCCUGUACGACAAGCGCUCGGUGCACACGCUGACGUCGUUCUGCGGGGCGCUGCACAUCUCCCUCAUCACGCCCAGCUUCCCCACCGAGGGAGAGAGCCAGUUCACGCUGCAGCUUCGGCCCUCCAUCCGCGGAGCGCUGCUCUCGCUACUCGACCACUACGACUGGAACAAGUUUGUCUUCCUCUACGAUACGGACCGGGGUUACGCCCUACUGCAAGCCAUCAUGGAGAAGGCGGGCCAGAACAGCUGGCAGGUGAGCGCCAUCUGUGUGGAGAAAUUCAACGACGCGGCCUACCGGCGCCUCCUGGAGGACCUGGACCGACGGCAGGAGAAGAAAUUUGUCAUCGACCUGGAGGCCGAGAGGCUCACCAACAUGCUGGAGCAGAUUGUCAGCGUCGGAAAACAUGUCAAAGGCUACCAUUACAUCAUGGCUAACUUGGGGUUUAAGGACAUCAACUUGGAGCGCUUCAUGCAUGGAGGGGCCAACGUGUCGGGCUUUCAGCUGGUGGACUUCAGCAACCCCAUGGUUAUCAAGCUGAUGCAGCGCUGGAACAAGCUGGACCAGAGGGAGUACCCAGGCUCCGACAGCCCCCCAAAGUACACGUCGGCUCUGACGUACGACGGCGUGAUGGUGAUGGCAGAGGCCUUCAGGAACCUGCGUAGGCAGAAGGUUGACAUCUCUCGCCGGGGCAACGCUGGGGACUGUCUGGCUAACCCCGCCGCCCCCUGGAAUCAGGGCAUCGACUUGGAGCGCACCCUCAAACAGGUCUGGCUGCAGGGAUUAACAGGUAAUGUCCAGUUUGACCACUAUGGACGCAGGGUCAACUACACCAUGGACGUGUUUGAGCUGAAGAACAACGGACCCAGACGAAUGGGUUACUGGACGGAUUCAGACAAGCUGGUUCUGAUCCAGAAUGAAGCCCUCAAUCCCAACGAAAUCAUGGAGAACAGAACUGUCGUGGUCACCACUAUCAUGGAGGGUCCCUAUGUCAUGUUGAAGAAGAACUGGGAGUUGUACGAGGGCAACGACCAGUAUGAAGGCUACUGCGUGGACCUGGCCUCGGAGAUAGCCAAACACAUCGGCAUCAAGUAUAAGAUCGCUAUCGUUCCUGACGGAAAGUACGGUGCCCGGGACCCGGAGACUAAGAUUUGGAAUGGAAUGGUCGGGGAGCUGGUGUACGGGAAAGCGGAAAUCGCUGUGGCCCCAUUGACAAUCACGCUGGUCCGGGAGGAGGUGAUCGACUUUUCCAAGCCCUUCAUGUCACUGGGCAUUUCCAUCAUGAUCAAGAAGCCCCAGAAGUCGAAACCUGGGGUGUUCUCCUUCCUGGACCCGCUGGCCUACGAGAUCUGGAUGUGCAUUGUGUUUGCCUACAUCGGCGUGAGCGUGGUGCUCUUCCUGGUCAGCCGCUUCAGCCCGUACGAGUGGCACACCGAGGAGCCCGAGGAGGGCACCGACGGUCCGCCCAGCGACCAGCCCCCCAACGAGUUCGGCAUCUUCAACUCCCUCUGGUUCUCCCUGGGCGCCUUCAUGCAGCAGGGCUGUGACAUCUCCCCCAGGUCUCUAUCUGGGCGUAUCGUGGGUGGUGUGUGGUGGUUCUUCACCCUCAUCAUCAUCUCCUCCUACACGGCCAACCUGGCUGCUUUCCUCACAGUAGAGAGGAUGGUGUCGCCCAUAGAGAGUGCUGAAGACCUGGCUAAACAGACAGACAUAGCCUACGGCACCCUAGACUCCGGCUCCACUAAAGAGUUUUUCAGGAGGUCAAAGAUCGCAGUCUACGAGAAGAUGUGGGGCUACAUGAAGUCGGCCGAACCGACGGUGUUUACCAAGAACACCCAGGAGGGGGUUGUACGUGUGCGGAAGAGCAAAGGGAAGUACGCUUUCCUAUUGGAGUCAACCAUGAACGAGUACACGGAACAGCGGAAGCCCUGCGACACCAUGAAGGUCGGCGGAAACCUGGACUCCAAAGGAUACGGAGUGGCCACCCCCAAGGGUUCACUGUUAAGAAGCGCAGUUAACCUGGCAGUGUUAAAACUGAAUGAACAAGGCCUGUUGGACAAAUUGAAAAACAAGUGGUGGUACGACAAGGGAGAGUGUGGCAGCGGCGGAGGUGGCGAGAAGCCCCCCACCACCGCCACGUCUCUGACUGCCUGUCUGCCCUGUGUCUCUCCUCCAACCGCCCCAGGACAAGUCGUCUCAGGCCCUGUCGUUGAGCAACGUGGCGGGGGUCUUCUAUAUCCUCGUGGGGGGCCUGGGCCUGGCCAUGCUGGUGGCCCUCAUUGAGUUCUGCUACAAGUCCCGGAACGAGGCCAAGCGAAUGAAGCUGACCUUCACAGAGGCCAUGAGGAACAAGGCACGCCUGUCGAUCACAGGCAGCGUGGGGGAAAACGGACGCGUCCUGACGCCUGACUGUCCCAAAGCGGUCCACUCGGGCCCCUCACUCCGCCAGAGCUCCGGCCUGGCCUUGGUCUCCUCCGAGCUCCCGUGAAAACCAAAAACCUCCAAAGUGCCUUAAAAAACUACCUACCCACAACCACCAUAUACCACAAAGACACAGGACAAGCACCACCCUAACCGGACACCACUAUUGUCUGGGAAGAGGGGGACUAUCUAAAUUUGUGGACGUUUUCUAAUGUAGCAGAGAUGGGGACUCUAGUGAAUUGGUGGUCAUUUUAGAAGGAUUUCUGUGGAAAAGUACAAUCUGGAUUUUCACUGUGGUCACGCUGGGGCGUAUUGUAAUCAUGGUGGCGUUUUUCGGUGCAGAGGUAGAGAUUGCGUCUGACAUGUUCCACUCAAGACCCUGUACCAACCUACCAUACCUCGCACUGCCGAAGGAAGAGGAGGAGGACGAAAUGAGAGCAAGGAAAAUGAAAAGUAAAUGACCAGAAAACUGUCAAAUGUAAACGUGUAACUGUGUAUCUGUGUAUCUCUGGGUUGCUGACUGUGAAUUGGCAAACUGAAUCACAAUCAAAAAGUGGACAAUAUUUAUUACCAGUUGAGAACAGUGUUUGAAAGACAACUGUCAGUCAACAAUUCACUAAAUAUAAAUCACUGACAUCAUGAGGCGGAGUGUCCCCCAGUGUCACCAUGGAGAUAAAAACUAUAAUUAUUAAUGAACUACAGUAACUCUAUUGAUAAUUAAUAUAUGAUAAAUAAACUGUGAAGAUUUAGUAAAUAUGUAUAUUCCGUGAAGACAAAGCUAAAGAAAAAAUAUUUGCGGUACAUAGAGGAGACUGCAUAACAUGCUUGCUUUUUAAACAGAUGUAAAUAGCUGAUUCGGUAGAGGACAGAGGACUGUUCUCUUUUUGUAAACAUCUUUAAAGAAAUAAUUCAUCGCAAUAAUGGAUAAGACGUUUGAGGAGAGACAUUGAGACAGUGUUUUAUUUCUUCGAUGUUCAGUACACAGAGUACUGUGUUCAGAAGACAGAGUGCUGAACAUUCAUGCUCAAUGUACCAUGGGUAUAGUAUCAACUCUGCCCAUCCAGAUACCUGUUCCCUACAUAUUAAUAUAUUCAGCGAUGAAUGUUAUCUAGCCUCACCCAAUCCUCUAGCCCCAUCCAAUCCUCUAGCCCCACCCCAUCCUCUAGCCACACCUCCUCACUGUGCAGUCGUAGACCAGAAAGUGUCUCAUAGACCAAACUUUACAUUUUAAGCCCUUUACUUGCGUUUCCGCUGUCAAAAUCUAACUAUAUAUCGUUCAAUCAAUUUUUUUGUAACGAACAAAUACAUAAACUGUCCGUCUCCUGGUUUUUCAGCGUUUUUUCAACGUUCACGGCUGUUGAACGUCUCUUAUCUGGGUAGAUAUUUUAGAUUAUUGUGUGUGGAGAGUAUAACGCAAAAAUGAAAUGUGAAAUGAGAAAAAAAAUUGUUCUCAUUGCUAUAUUAUUUUGAGAGUCAAAGCUAUUUCCUAUACAGUAUUUAUUAAUAAAAAAUCAUGAAGAAGAAGAAGACACUGUUUGUAUUAUUGAGCCAUGGUCAAAGCUUUGGCCCUCUUGGGCCCCAACACUGUGGAUCCUCAGUAGCAGGCUGGACACUAUAGCAGAACAUAUGAUCCCCUCCCUCUCAUUGAAGUUAUUAAUGCAUUGUUUGCGGAGGUCUCAACUCAUGGCUGAUGGAAGGACAAUCUCUGGGCCCGUGGGCCGCAAUAGGACACUGACUUUUACUAAGUCAUCCUUUUGUCUAUUUCAUUUUCAUCUUUUUCCCCAAAACCUGCUUCUGCUAUUGUUGUUGUCGGACAAAUGUGUGCAAUGUUUUCAAUGUUUUCAUUUGCUGCCCGUCUUUUGCCCUUACACACAUACACGUACACAUAUAUAUAUAUAUCUAUCCAGUCCGUACACACACACAUCAGUGGAGGUUGCUAAUGGGAGUACAGCUCAUAAUAAUGGUUGGAAUGGAGUCAAUGGAAUGGCAUCAACCAUCAAACACGUGGUUUCCAUGUGGUUGAUAUCAUUCUAUUGACUCCAUUCCAGCCAUUAUUAUGAGCCGUCCUCCCCUCAGCAGCCUCCCCUGACACAUAUACACAACAUGUGUACACACACACACACACACACACACACUGGAGGGACCUUAUUGCGUUGAGAGAAUAAACCAGCUAAAAUAUUUCAGGCCAUCUGUUUUGGUCCUGCCAUAUGUCUGUAAAAUUUUAAUUAAACCAUUCAAAUCUUUAUUUUAAUCUUUUUUGGUAAAAAGGAAAUCCAAA